AUGGGAAACACUUCAGAGGUGAAAAAACCCCUAGUUCCUCAUCAUCUCGAUGAUAUCGUGGUUCUUGGGAAGUACACAUUUUUAGUGUGCCUGCUUACCGAACUUGCGUUUCUCUCUCAACUCUCAAACACAAUGUACAUGGUCUAUGCAGGUUCAUCACCAGCUAUAAAAGGAUGUGGAAAUUUGACAUUCUCAAGCAUGGAUGAUGCAUGCGCAAAUCUUCAUCUAUGCGAAGAAGCUCCACUUCAGCUUGAGAGUCAAUUCUACUCGGUUAAUGAAGAGUGGGACAUCCAUUGCGAGAACAGAUAUCUGGAGCGACGAAGCACUUCGUUGCAAAUGCUUGGCGUAAUGAUCGGCUCUCUGUCAGCCGGUCAAAUCAGCUCCUCAUUUGGACGAAAAAAACCAUUGGUGAUCUGUCUCGCUAUGACUGGUGUGCUGAGUUUUGCCACCUACUUCGUCACUAACCUCAUUCAAUUCACUUCAAUUCGUUUUGUGCUCGGACUUUUCACCGGAGGUCAUUCAACGGUGGUGGUUGUUUAUUUACUGGAGAAUAUUCCUAAACGGUCGAGAAUGUGGAUCAACACAACGAUUUCCUAUUCUCCAAAUGUUAUUAUAUUUGGAGUAAUCGCCUAUUUCUUUCAACAUUGGAGGACGUUAGCGCUGGUAACCUCAGCGCUGCAUAUUCCUGCAGUUGCACUAAUGUUUUACCUCCACGAAAGCCCACGAUGGCUUAUUCAUAGAGGAAAAAUUCGUGAAGCUAGAAGAGUGAUACUUGACAUCGCCCAUAUUGACGGCGACAAGGCGAACAUCGAUGAGGGAAAUCUUGAUAAAAUUCUCCAGCUGGAACAUGAUCAGUUUGAAGUGAUGGGAAGAAAGAGGCACACGUACUGGCAUGUCUUCAGGAAAGCCCAUCUGGCGGUCCCGUUAUGCAUCAUUGCGUUCAGUUUCUUCACCAGUAUGAUGGUAAACUACGCAAAUAUGUUCAACCUUGGCAACCUCUCCGGUUCAAUAUAUCUGAAUUCAAUUCUUGUCGGAUCGCUAAGAUAUUCAACUAACUUGGAUCACUUGUACUCUCCGCCACUAUCCUAUACACAGGUUAUGCAGCUACGUAUGGAGAAGUUAUCAGGAUCUGCUCGUUUAGGAAUUGUUGUUGCACCUCACGUUUAUUCAUGGGAGGAAAUUUGUCAUUAUCUACCUUAUACGUCACUGAUAGCAGUUGCAGUACUAGAUGUUAUACUUUUUGAGAUACUUCUACCUGAGACAAAAAACAAGCCUCUUGAGGACCACAUAGUGAAGAAGCCAAAGAAGAAUACAGGAAAUGUGCAACAUAUUAUGAAACUGACGAAGUCUAGAAACGUGUAUGAAAAUAUAUAUGUCGUUCGGGGUGAGGAUUACGGGUAUGUGCUCGGCUCCGUCAGUUUGAAGCAACAAUUGAGGGUGUGGACGGCUGUGUGCUUUGGUCUGCUCUUCACAUCCAAGGCUCGGGCACUCUCUUGGAAUAAACAAUGCCCCGAAUUGAGAAUGAACCAAAGCUUGAUUUCAAGGAUGAGUAGAGCUGAUGUGGAUCUAGUGAGAGAGUAUAUCUUCCGCAACUCGAAAAAGUCCUACAGCGGAGUGCCUGUUAUAGCCUCAAACAUGGACACUGUUGGAACCUUCGAGAUGGCUCAUGCCCUUCUUGCUCAUAAAUUAUUUACCGCUAUACAUAAACAUUACACGGUUGAACAAUGGAAAGAAUUUCAUUCCCAGUUCAGAGAAACCCCUAUGUUUAAUAACAUUGCCGUUUCAUCUGGGAUAUCUGAUCGUGAUCUUGAUAAGUUGCGGGAGAUCUGCUCUGCUGUCCCGGAUUUGGACUUCAUUUGCAUCGAUGUCGCAAAUGGUUAUUCUGAGUCCUUUAUCGACUUCAUUAGAAAAGUUCGUGAGGAAUUUCCAAGGCAUACUAUAAUGGCUGGAAAUGUGGUAACUGGAGAAAUGGUGGAAGAGUUACUACUCACAGGGGCUGACAUCAUCAAGGUAGGUAUCGGACCAGGAUCUGUAUGCACCACUCGGAAAAAGACAGGAGUUGGGUAUCCUCAACUGAGUGCUACCAUGGAAUGUGCAGAUGCUGCUCAUGGUUUGAAUGGUCAUGUCAUAAGUGAUGGUGGCUGCACAAAUCCUGGUGAUGUAGCGAAAGCCUUCGGUGCAGGAGCUGACUUCGUCAUGAUUGGAGGCCUUUUCGCUGGUCAUGAUCAAAGUGGUGGUGAAAUUAUUGAAAAGAAUGGAAAGAAGUUCAAGCUGUUCUACGGCAUGAGUUCGGAUACAGCUAUGACUAAACAUCACGGAAGUGUAGCUGAGUAUAGAGCGAGCGAAGGCAAAACUAUAACGAUCCCUUACAGAGGUGAUGUGAAUAGUACCGUGCAAGAUAUACUCGGUGGUAUUCGUUCUGCUUGUACAUACACUGGUGCUGCAAAACUCAAGGAACUUUCCAAACGGACUACAUUCAUACGAGUUACUCAACAAACCAACGACAUGUACGUGCCAUAUGAGGUCUGA